AUGGCUAUGUCCAUCUUCUUCAUAAUUUUCUCUUUGUUUCUCUGCUUCGUCAACGGCCGGACCUGCUACGGAGUCAACGGCCUAGCCUACGAAGACAAUCAAGUCUGCCCCGGAUCCUCCGCCUGCUGCGGGGUCGAAGCAACAUGUCUACCGAACCGGCUGUGCCACAACCCGAACGAUGCUAACGCCACGCUCGUCCGAGGACCCUGCGCGGAGUACCCCUAUGACUCGACAGUGUGCGGCAAGAUCUGCUUGCAAAACGAGACCGAGGCCGCAAAUGGAUUCUUGCCGCGUGUGACCGUCUGCCCAGACGGAAGCCUCUGCUGCAACUACAACCCGACAUGCUGCUCGGACGGAAACGGCAUUUGGCUGAGCGAAACGGGUGACGAGGUCUUUCUGACUCGGCCAUCAUCACUGCUGUCGUCGUCUUCCUCCGCAUCCACCAGCUCCAUAACAUCGACCAAAAGCAGCGACGCCGCAGUAUCAGUCGCCGAUGUACCAACCGCAACGGCAGCCGGCCCCUCCGCCAGUAACACCGCUCCGCUCUCGAGCCAGACCAUUGCUGCUGCCGGUUCCUCCGCCACAUCAACCUCGGGUCUCACAACCGGCGCCAAGAUCGGCAUCGGCAUUGGCGUGCCCGUUGCCGUUGCAAUCAUUGGCGCUCUUGGAGUCGGCCUGUACUUGCUGCAUCGGCGACAGAAAGCGCCCACGAUGCCGCAUGCGCCUGGCGGGAUGUUUUCGUCUUCACCACCACAGGCAAUGGUACAACUGCCGGAGAACGAGCGCGCCGAGAAGCAGACGCAACCCGACGAGAGCGUGCUGUAUGAGAUGCCGGCGUAUCCACGGACUCCACGGGAGCUGGACACCAGAAAGCGGGAUACGCGUGAGGGUAGCGAGCAGUGGAGCUGA